AUGUCUCGGAAAGGACAAUCAGUAAUUGGUGAGGAGGAGGAGAUCCUAAAAUCCAUUAAUAAGGAUGACAAAUCGAUGAUCUCUGAGAACAAGAAAGAAGAGGAGGUUGGGAAUGGAGAAAAGUCAGAGAAGGAGAAAGAUUCCUCAAACAAUGUGUUAGAUGAAAUAGAGCAAAUUAUAGCCAAUGAUGCUGGCUUCUGCACGAAUUUGUAUACAAUUCUAACUAUAUUUAGUAUGUUACUAGUGAUCUAUGUCGUUUUGAUAAUUCAAAUUUAUUUGGAAUAUCGUAUCCCUGAAGUGCAUGAGACUCGUUAGAGUAUCUAGAAGUACAUCAAUUAGAGGUAACUGUCUUAAUCAUCUCAAUAGAAUUACUACUUAAUUGCAUGAGAUACAAGAUGUUCCCAUUAUAUAUAGUGAGUACCUCGAAAAAAUUAUUUAUUAUAUGCAUGAUCAUUCUGAGGAUCGGAACCGGUUUAGUCUUUUGUAUAAUCCUUAAAUUGAGAAUUCAAGUCAAUAUAACGAGAGUUAAUAUAUAUUUUUGGAAAACUAUAAUUACUAUCUAUGUAGUGUAGUUUCCUUUACACUCAAGCACGUGGAGUAAGAUCUGGUAUUUAUUUUAUAUAUCCCAAGGAAUCAGAUGAGUUUGUCAGGAAAAUCAUUGGGAUCCAGAAUACUGACAUCUACACUAUGGCAGAUAAUAUGUUGAAACAACAAUGGGAUAUGAACUUUGCUAAUUAAAUCAACAUGUCUACAAUUGAUAAAAAGUUUUUACCCAACAUAACCGUUGAAUGUAAUAUAUUAAUACCAUCCAUAGAAUCUGAAGGCUCUUUUUAAACCAAAAUAUACUUUACUAAUACUAUGGAACAAGCCUUUGCUUCGGAAAUGUUAUCAAUAAUUGAAAGCCAAUUUUAGUUCUCCUCUCUUUUCAAUCUAAAACAUGACAUUUAUAUGGUCAACCCUUUGACAGAAGUAAUUCUAAAAAUUUCUAAUUAAUUCGACAUUAGCAACCAAGGCAGAAUUUAAUAUCAGUAAGUUAUAGAUUAUGGAGUCUAUUAUUAUCAGGGGAGCAAUGUGCAAUCAAAUGUUGUAUUCGGUAUAGUCACGAAGUCAUUGUUUGCAGCUGUGGUGUUCUUUUAGAUAGUUUACACAAUUGGAAAGGUAUUGAAUAAAUGCUAAUGUUUUAUAGAGAAUAUUUUUCAUGGUUAUUAAAUUCUUAUCAACCAGAAUCUUUGAAUUUGAGUUUGACUUACUUUUCAUAACAGCAUAAAGAACAUUAAACUUCAUUUACAUCAUUGUAUGGUUUUUAAUGUUUUCACAAUUUUAAGCGAUUUCAAUCACUCCUCAAAUCACUCAAGAGCAAAUUGCAGGUAUUGAUAACUAUCUGUAGAAUUCGAAUACCUAUCAAUUAUUUGCCAUUACAACUUUCAUCAUAACCAUUUAUGAUAUAAUCAAAAUUAUGUCAUCAUUCUUUCCUACUUUUGGUGUCUUAAUGUAUACAUUUAGUGUGGCUGGAAAGGACAUGCUCAUUUUUAUUUCGGUAUGCAUUUUGUAUGAUAAUCCUAGUUCACAGCCAUGGCCUUAAUUAGUUUUAUUAUGAUAUCCAAUGUAAUCUUCGGGCCUUUGAAUGACGAAAUAGCUACCCUUGGAAAUGCAGCCUACCUAUGUUUUGAAUUUUUUUGUGGUAACUUUAAAUUUGCCUUUCUGGAAUCAAUAGUCCCAGGCUUAGGUUUCGUUUACUCCCUUCUCUUUUUCAUUGCAUUUAAUCUUAUCCUCCUCCCCUAUUUCUACGGAAUCAUCAUUUUAACUUACGGACAACUAAGAUAAAAAUUGCAACUCACUACUCAAGCUUUGGCUGAAAUUGCUGCAGAUAAAUCUACUGCUGCUACAAUGAAAUGGAUCAAUCUCAUAUUCUUCGUACCUCCUGUGACUGAAGAACAAUAAUUAAGGGAGAAACAGAAAAAGGAAGAGGCAGAAAGAAAAAAGAAAGAGGAGGAAGAAGCAAAGAAAAAGAAAAAAACAAAAACUCCAUUGUCUUCAGGGUAACCACCCUUAUCUGAUUAGAAAUCUAUUAAAUCUGGUAUUUCGAUAAAAUCAGUCAGGCCAGAUUAAAUUAAAGGUUUAUUAAAGAAGAAAAAUGACGAUGCCUCGUCUCCUUAAAAAGCACAGCCAAAUGCAGCUAAGCCUGAGGAACCCAAAGAAAAGGAGAAAGAAUUAACUCUCAAGGAAAUUUUUAUGUACAAUUUUCAACAGUUGGAUAUUAAGAAUGUUGUGAUGAAUUUCAUAGGGUUGGGAUAGGAGGAUCUAUUAACAAAAUAACAAAGAAUCAAGGAGAUCAAUGAUAAGAAGGAGGAAAUUAUAAAAAGGUAAGCUGCAAACAGAAAAGAGAUGAAGGAAAUGAAAGAGAAAAAUUUAUUUACUAAUUUAAAGGAUGGGUUUUUACAUAUCAUUUUCUUGAUUUUCCUGAUCAUCGGAUUUUAAAAUUAAACCCUUAAAUCAAGCACAUUUAAUCAAGAAUAUUAUAUCAAAUCUUUUUUUGACUCUAGUUUAUUCCCAGGAGUUAAACACUUCAAAAGUCAUGAUAUCAUUCUUGAUGAUGUAGAAUCCUCUAGGGAUAUUGAUAGUUACAUUAAAAACGUUAUCUUUAGUACUGCAGGAGAUGAUUACGAUAAUAAUUAUAGCAAAGAAUAGUUAAGAGAUUUUGAUGUUUUUGUUGGCUACUCUCCUGUUAGAAUGACGAUUAGGUUAUAUGAAGGAUUGAAUGUGAAUUUCUUCACUGAAAACAAAGAUUUAGAGUUUAGAGGUAGGUCUUCUUCAGACUUUUCACCUUUUUCUGGUGAGUCUUCCGGAGAGAAAAUGGAAAAUCUGUAUAAGAGUGGGAUAGAGUAUCAAUACAGAGGAAAAGGGAAUCCGAGCGCUGCCUACUAAGCAGGAGGGUAUACAUUCCAAUUUUAGAGUGAGAUUAGUGGGGCUGUAGAACAAUAUUAAAAAAUUCAAUCUGAUAGUUUUUUUACUGUUUCGGUAUUAACUUUUAUUAAUUAUAAAUUAGACUGGAAUAAUUAAUUGUGAAUUUAUCAUUUACAAUCCCCCUUAAGAUUUAUAUUCCUUUGUUACUGUUACAAUAUAUAUAAAAGCUACUGGCUAGAUAGAACACAUUAUUACUUUGAAUGUAUAGUUUUGAUUUCAUUACUUUAGACGUUUCCAAUAACUUUGUACUCUGGUAGCAGACUCACAAGAAUCGUUUUUGAAUUGAUUGUGUUGUAUUUUCACAUUAAAUUUUGGAAAAUGUUCUUAAAUCAAUGGAAGGAAGUUUGGAAUCAUCCAAGUGCAAUUGAAUUUACACCAUAUGAUUUACCCCCAGAAAGAAAGUUCUCAUUUGUAGAAAGACAUUUAAACAUGGAUUUUUCAGACAAAAAGAAUGAUCAGAUUGUUAAUCUACUAUUUGGUAUAGGAAAGAGAAUUUAUGGAUUUAUUAUGCGUCUGCUGACGAGUCUUAAGAUUAUGGUUUAGCAGACAUUUUUCAAUAUCCUUUUAAUAACAGGUAUCUUGUUGAUGUUCAUUUAAAUAAUCUAUUGGCUUUAGAUAGUUUUCAAUUAACUGAGAAUGUCAUUUGAUUAUUAUGAAGGAUUUCUAUUUGUAAAGCAUUUAAAUUAACUAUUUUUUAGGCAGACAAAGAACCACCUGGAAUGUUCAAUGACUUUUAAAAUCUUGCUUAAUUGUUCUAAUUGUACAAUACAAUGGCUUCAUUCAUCUUAUUCAAUGAGUAAAUUAUUUAAAUUGUAUAAAUAGAAUGAUAAGGAUAAUGGUUUACUUUUCAUUUUCUGCAAAAUUGAGUUUGGUUCUGGAUAUCAUCGCUAGUGCAAGUAUUGAUAUUGUAUUCUUCAUGAUUAUGUUUUGUUUGAUUGUUUUUGCUUUUGCUUGUGUUGGUGUGCUAAGUUUCGGUUAUGUAAAUGGAUCAUUUAGAGACCUAUAUUUAUCAGUCAUAUACUCUCUGUAGAUAGUAAGUCAAAAUGCUAAGAUGCACAAAUCGGAUGGAGAAAACUAUUAAGCAAGUGUCAUACUUUAUUAUUUCCUGAUUAAUAUUGUGAUCCUAUUGGUUUUGAUUAGAAUGCUUAUAGCUAUUCUAGAUGGACAUUUCAUAGAAAUAAAUAGUGAAUAAACAGAAAGGUUGGGUUUGGUAGACACCAUUAUGAGUAUUUUGAGAAAUGAAUAUGAGAAAUUAAAGAAUGAAGAGGAGGAUGAUGUUGGAAAUACUGAAGAGGAUGAGGAGGAUGAUGAAGAUAAAGUAUAUUCAGAAUGGGCUAUUUUGAAUUGGAUUUAUAAGAAAAUUCAUGAUAUUAAAGAGUUGACUUUGUUGAUUUAUAAAUAUGGAGAGGCAAAGUUUAAGGAAUAUAGAACAUUGUUAUUUGGAAUGCUUUUUGAGAAUGACAACAAUAAGAAGGUUAGUCGUAAGAGUAGUAUAAACGAAGAAGGUGGAGAAGAAGAUGAAGAGGACGAUAAUAAAUUAAAAAUUGAAUUAGAUUUUGAUGAAGAUAAAAAUAUUACUGGGAAUAGGUAAAGAAUUGAAUCACUUGAAGAAAUUAAAAUAUAUAAUUCAGCAAAUGACGCCAUAGCAAAUUUGUAAAAUUUGACUGGAAAGAAAUUGGCAAGUGAGUAAUUCAAAACAACUCAGGUGUCUACAUGGAUAGCAGCACUAGAAAAAGGCAUUUAAGAUAUUGCAUCAAAUCAAUUGAAUUUUCAAUAAUAUUAUACUCCAUAACCUAAUUAGAAAAUGGAUUGGAUCAUCUAAUUUCAAUUCCAUGACUUCGAAAAGAAAUACAAGGAUUUAGGAUUCGAAAUUCAUGGAGAAGAUUAAGGAGACUUUGCUCAAACCAUCAAGUAGGAUUAAUACAUAGAAGCCACUCAUAACCUUAUAGAGAAAAUUGAUACUUAGAUUUCUAAUCUCAAUAUUAAAUAAUUAGACACAUUCUAAAGUUUAGUUAGAUCCAUUGACUUCUUAUUCUUUUUCUUUACUAACAUUAUUUUAGUGAAGAAUCCUGAAUAAUACUUAGAGAGAUAUUAAGCAAAAAUUUAAGAAUAAGAAAAAUUUAAAUAAAAAUAAAAAACACUCAAAUUAUAGUAAUAACAAUAGAAAGGUAAGGUGAAAUAGCCAAAAUAACAUAAAGUUGAAUUUGAUAUUUCCCUUUUAGAUAUUUCUAAUGAAGUCAGGUAUUUCGAUAUAGAUACUGAGAAGAUUUAAAGGUAGGGAAGCAGAAAGAAAUCCGUCUUAAGAUCAAUGAAAUCAAUUAAAACUGUAAACAAUUAACAGAAUAACCAAGUUAUUGAAAUACAAACCGAACCUAGCAAAUUUGCUAAAUUUAAUGCAGAUCAUCUGAAAUCCAUGAAUGCUUAAUAAAUUAUCAGUGUGUUUAGUAAAUUGGUGUGUUUAUUCUAAAUAUGGUAAGAGUUAAAAUUGAAUGAGAAAAUUAUAUUGUGGUUUGGCAAUGUCCUUCACUCAAGUAACAAAGAGAAACUAAAUGCUUAGCCUUAUUUUUGUAUCUAUCAUAAAAUAGCAUUUUGGAAUGAAGCAGGAUGGGACAAAAGAACCCUUCAAAGAAUUGCUGUAUCUGCUGAUGAUCACAAGAAACUCUAUGAUGACUAUAAGGAUUAAAAUAUAGUACCAGAAUUUUAGUUUAUAUAAUUUUGGGAUGUCUUAAGUAAGAAUUUAUCAUCAUACUAGGUAAAAUGUAGGUGAUCAAUUAAAAGUCUAACGAUAAGUAGGAUGCAGAUGAUGAAGCUGACGAAUCUAAUUAAACCGAUUUCUUACCCGUAAGUAGUGUACAAAUCUAAUUUGUUUAAUGUAUUAUAUUAACAUAAUUAAUCAAUAGAAUUACUAAGAGGUAAAGGUUCAAAGGAUCUGCUAGUUCAAGUAGAAAAUGCAAAUAGUUUGGAGAAGAAAUUCGCAAUAUUGAAAAGUAUUAUAAUUUUAAUUGAAUUAGCUUCCCAUUUAUAAAAUGAUCAUAAAAUUAUUAUAUGGAUUUUAAUGAACCCUAUGGAGAAGAUGGAAAUGAUAUUGCAAUAAGAGAAGAAGCAAUAAGUCUAAUUUAUGAUUUUGAUGUUGUUAGAAGAAUUGUAUGAUAAUUUCAUCAUGUUGGAAAAGAUAGAGAAAGAUUUCUUCAAUUAACUUAAUUCCAAGAUUUAUCUUUCAUUUCACAACUUCGCAGAAUUUAAUGCAUUAUCUACUGCUCUUAACAUAAGGAACAAGUAUACUCAAUAAUCAGUUAAUGACGCCAAGGAUUACACGGAUUACAUAUAGUUUUUAGAACUUCAAUUGGCUAAUUCAAAUUAAGCAUUAUCUAAAUAUAGUGAUUUCUUAAUUAAGGAGGUGAAGAAGGUUAAGAGCAAGGGAGUGCUCAAAUCUAAUUUGGGUAAUUUAAUUAAAGGUUAAGGGUAACAAUUAUCAAGUAAGGAUGAUCAUGGAGAUUUCCAAUAAUCGAUGUAGCCAGAAGUUACUAAAACACACUAAAAAUUCAAGUAAGUAACAAUAAGAGAGGAUGCAAACACUUGA